CCGCUGCCGACGGCGCCGAUCCCCUUACCAUCGCUGCGCAACGGUUCCACUAUCGGGAGCUCGAUAAAAUGCGGGAAAUUCGACUUCGUUUCGUUUCAACUUCUCUCAGUCGAAAUCUUGUUUUACCUCAUUUUUCUACUCCGAAACGGAAAAGAGAGAUGUGUUCUCGUUUGUCGUUAAAAGACACAAAUUUUCGAUUACACAAAACAUCAUUCUCAAUACUGAAUAUCUUUAGUUAAAUCAGAUACAGAACUAUAAAAACGAGCGUACAUAAAAUAUGGUAAACAGCCGCAUAAUGUAUGAAGAAAAUUUCUAAUUAGAUCACUUCUUCUUAAACAUGCUCGUGAGAAUUAAAAAUUCGCAGUCCUCUUAAUACAAGUAAAAUACUCGUCCAGUCAAGAAGAUUAUAGUAUUCACAGUAUUUAUAUAUACAUUGUAGCGUGCAUAUCGCCGAUUAUAACUGCAGACUUGUUUUUCUCAUUUUUUUCGUAAACAAAUUCUCUGGAAGAUUGCAACCGGUUCCAUCGAUACGAUGUAAACAGGCGAUUUGCUCGGUUGCAUCGGUAAUAUUCCUGCGUCGUGAGGCUGCACGUUUAUUGUUUGACGUAAUUCACUUAACUGGGUUCUAAAUAAACGGGAGUAGACACUAGCUGGUCCAUGCUACUAAUUUUCAUCGUUCACCGGUAUACAGUUUUAAGUAACGUAAUUUAUUACCCGCGAUUAUAUAUUCUUGCUGGUACUUUAUAAGGAAUUACAUUUCUUUUGUUAUAAAUGUCAACUGUUAUUGGCAAAUACAGGAACAUGAUAACGAACAUAAAGGCAUUCCCGCCAGUUACUUAUCUUAUGAACAAGUACGUGGGCGUUACGAUAGAUAGUCAUGUGGUUAAUAGAAGAAUUAAAACAACCUGUGAAGACUUGUACUAUAACCACAAUGUUACCGAAACGAACGCGACGGAUACGAAAAAUGUGGAAACGAGUAAAACGAACAAAACUGAAGAGGUAGUGAAACCAAAUUUGUAUACCGUAUGCAAUUUCACAGGUGAUAUCAUAGAUUGCGAUAAUAAAAAUUUAACGAACCACUUCGAAGACUCUCAAUGGCCAAAUAAAUCGAUGCCAAUAAUGUUGUUCAAAAACAAUUCAUUAGUUCACGUGAAAGCGUUCCCGAAAGUGGGAAUCAAGAAAUUGAUCUUGCAACAUAAUGAAAUUACAAGCAUCGAUGAUAGAGCUUUCAAACAGAUCAUCAAUCUCACCGAACUUGAUUUGAGUUAUAAUUAUCUUACGGGGGAAGCGUUGCGUCCGUCAGUAUUUGAGGGCAAGUUCUCUCCAUUCGCUUACGAGCCAUUAGAAAAGUUGGUGACCUUAAAUAUGGCUCAUAACAAGCUUCACUGGUUAAACCAGGACAUUUUCGAGCACAUGUCGAGCCUUAAAAUAUUGAAUCUAUCUGGAAAUCCAUUGACGAAUAUCGACGCACGUACUACCAUAGCGCUCUCCUCUCUUUCACAACUGGAAGAAUUGGACCUGAGCUAUUGCAACUUGACGACACUCCCGGAACAUCUAUUUCGCACGGCCAUACAUCUUAAGAAACUGAACAUAAGCGGGAACAAAUUUUUCAUCCCGCCGGCUUCACUGAACGAGGCACUGACGCUGGAAGUGCUUUACAUGGAUGAGAAUCCUAUUCAAAUAAUCAAUUCACAUCAGUCGUUCCCGAUAAUGCCAAAGCUGAAGGAGCUGAGCCUCUGCUGUAUGCCACAUUUGACAGUGGUCGGUGCAGGUUCCUUUUCAGGCUUGACCGGGCUCGAGCAUCUCCGAAUACAGAAUUGUCCGAAAUUGGAAUCAAUCAACGAGUACGCGCUUCCGUCUGAGAACAAUUCGCAACCGGUUUGGCCGCCGCUGAAGAGACUCGAUUUAUCGGAUAACGCCCUGCGAUAUUUGCCUCAGCGGUUCGUAGAAAAGUGGGACUUGCUCGAAGAAUUGGAUCUGAUGAACAACAAAUGGAGCUGCGAUUGCGAUAAUCAAUAUCUGAUCGGAACGUUGCUGCCGAAAUACGGAAGAAAACUGAUGAAGGAUGAAGUCGAUUCGCUCGUUUGCGCUUCGCCGCCGGAACACGAGGGCAGAAAUCUGACAUCUUUGUCCCAUCGAACGCUACGUUGCUUGGACCUGUACGGAGCGCGACCGGAAAGAGAUGCCACCAUACUUAUAGGCGUCUUGAUCGGUUUAUUGCUCGCCAUUCCAGUUUGCCUGACGGUCUUCGUCUUCUGGCGACGCGGUUUCUUCUUCUGCGGCAGGCAAAGCCCGGCCACUUUCUCGCGAGCCUUCUACAAUAGAGCGCGGACAGACUACGACGAAUUCGCGUAAUCAAACAGGAAUCGAGACUACUGAUACAGAUUUAAAAACAUUUUAAAGGUUUCGAAGCACAUUCAUGAGCAGGUGGCCAAUUGAUGCAAUUAUUACGAAGUUAAACGUGCAGAAUAACAUCAUAUUAAUAUCUUUCAAUAGUUUCUCUCUUAUUAUUUGCAUCGUUCGAUUAGAAGUGGGAGCUGUUUAUAUGUAUACAAUUUGCCAUGUUUCAAAUUUAUUUAACAAAGAUAUAAAGUCUAUCGCAACGCUGUACAGUAUUUUUAUCAGAGCUAAAGGUCUUUAAACUUGGAGAUUUAAGGUCUCGUGAUAAGAUACGAGAAUGAUAACAGGAGACAUUAUUAAGUGCUUUACUUGCAACAUUAUGAUAAAGAUCAAAUUCUUUAUAGAACACAGUUAUUUUUACAAUAUUAAUUCUGUUAAAUAUUAGA